AUGCUCACUGUUAUUUAUUUAUUGACUGUUUUAGUGCUCGCUGACGCAAAUAGAGAUCCGUUGGACUUUACGCCAGACACCUGCGUCAAAGUGUUCUACACGGGCGACGAGGUCUACAGCAUCUACUGCUUGAGCCCCUUGGACGAUGCCGAGGACUCGCUGGGCUUCGUGACGGACCGCAACCAUAAGCUGAUCUUCAAGAAGCACCUGGACGCGGAGGACGAGGGCAAGACGUGCGUCAACGUGAUCUCGGACGAUUCGAACGCGGUGGAGAAGCUGUGCUUCGUCACCAUCAGGCACAACUGCGUGGCCAAGGAGGAGGGCGUGCGGAAGGAGGAGAUGCGGAACGGGUUCGGUUUGAACAGGCCGGCGAUGAAAGUGCCGUGCACCAAGUGGGAUUGGGAGGAUUAUCAGUUGGAUUGUUUCGGGGUGAAGCACCUGCGGUUCAAUUUGAUCAGUUAUUGCGUGCCCCCCGUGCUUCCUUCCAGGCGUACCGUCAUUAAUAUUCCUUCGAACAGUAAACCGCCUCGGGAAUAA